AUGGUUUCUAAGGAAGCCGUACACAUCCUAGGCCUCUUGGCCAUUGUUGUUCUGAUCUCCUCAGAAGUGGCAGCUAGGAACUUGGCUGAGGUUGUUCAAGAGAAAAAUGAUGUUGGUGAUGUCAAAUAUAGCAAAAAUGCUUGUCCGAAUGGAGUGGGUACUAACUGCUUCGGUAUUCCUGGUUUUGGUAUUCCCGGUUUUGGUAUCCCCGGUUUUGGUAUGCCUGGCGGUGGCAUGCCCGGCGGCGGCAUGCCCGGUGGUGGCAUGCCCGGUGGUGGUGCUCCUGGCGGUGAUAAGCCUGGCGGGGGUGCUCCAGGCGGGGGUGCGCCCGGUGGUGGUGCGCCUGGUGGUGAUGCUCCCGGCGAUGAUAAGCCUGGUGGUGGUGGUGCUCCCGGCGAUGAUAAGCCUGGCGGAGGAGGUUACGGUGGAGGCUUGGUCUAA